UGGGAUCCCGCACAGGAGUAGUCCCCGCGCGGGAGGCUCGGCUUCUUGCUGCCCGAGGGGGUCCCGCCCCCGCGCCCCGCGCCGCCAAUAUAAGGCGGCUGCCGCCCAGGCUCUGAGCCGCGCAGCCCGCCCGCCGCCCGCCGCCCGCGUCCCCAUGGCCCGGUCCGCGCCGCUGGUGGCCGCCGCCCUGGCGCUGUGCCUGCUGCUGGCGCCGCCGGGCCUCGCGUGGUACAGGCCGGCGGCCGGGCCCGGCUCCUACUCGGUGGGCCGCGCGGCGGGGCUGCUGUCCGGCUUCCGCAGGUCCCCGCACGCGCGCCGCUCCGAGCCCCCCGGGAGAGCGGGACCCCCGGGCCGGGCGAGCGCCGUCGCCGAGCCGCGCCCCCGCCUGCGGAGCCUCGCCGCGUGUGUCAAGGACGUGUCCCCGAAACUGCGGAGCUGCGCGCGGUUCCCCGACGGCCGCGCCACCGUCCAGUGCCAGGCGGACGUCUUCCUGUCGCUGCGCGCGGCCGACUGUCGCAGCGCCUGAGCCUCCACCCGGACCCGACCCCGACCCCGCCAGGCGGCAGCGCAGACACCCCAGCGCCUCCCUGCAUCCCCGCGCGCCGAUCGGCUCCCCAAUAAACGAGAAGCGCAGCUGAACUCCGAGUGGGGGCGGGUGGGGCGGGUCCCGCGGUCUGCAGACCCCACUCCGCCGCCACUGUCUGCCCUGGCGGGGGGCAGCCCCCUCACCUCCCGCUGUCGUCCAGUCCCCGCGCUCCCCCGUGUCCUCCAGGAGGCAGCUCCAUGUCUGCCCUGAGCGCCGCGGCUGCCCACCACCGGACCCGAGGGGGCCUCUGGCCUAGGACAGCCCCCCCUCCCCCGCCCCUGCCCUGCCUUGGUUCUGGGGUUUCCUGAGGACAUGCUCUGCCUUAUAAGAGGGGCAACUCCUGCAGUCCCUCCUUUCUUGGU